UGUGAUCCUCUGAGUCUCAGAUCCACACAUUUACUCCUUUGUCUUCACCACCUUUGGGAGGAAGAAAUGAGCAGUUUGGACACAAUCCUUGGAGCAUGGAUCACCUGGGAUCUGUCCGAAGUGGAACGAGAGAUCGCACCGACAAGCUUGCUGUCCCCCAGAAGAAUGCCUAUGCCCGGCUGGUCCAGCAGCACCGGGGGGGCCGCUUCCGCUCCUAUUUGAAUUAUGUUGCUCAGAAGUUGCAGUUGGAGGAGAUGGGCUUGACUGAUGCUGGUUCGGAUGCAGACUUGCCUUUGAGAAAGGGUAUGAUGCGAGAGAUUGUGAUGAGAAAUGGCUUGAACACGCGUGGUCCUUCAGAAAACCCAGAACGUCUAGGCACGGAGACGCUGCCCGAUGACGCUCCUGAAACCUUCAGGAAAGCCCCAGCUUUGCCUUGUCCAGAGGCACACCAGUUGGGUGCGGGGGAGCUGGAAGAGGCCUGUGGUGCCCAGCUUGGAGAGGGUGGCUCCCAGGUGGAGAGCCUGAACCGGGGUUUGAGCAGCUGGAGGUUAGCUCGAAGCCCAAAGCUAGGCCAUGCUAUCCACAGAGCUGGAGCCUCUCGAGAGAAGGACAUGCCUGAGGCUGGACAUAACAAACCGCAGAAAAGCAAAUGUGCUGUGAAUGUGGAAAGAGCGCGGGAAGUGUCUGCAGCAGGGCAGCAGCCGCCCUUGGACUCACGGUCAUUGAAUUCUGAGAAACCUGGGCCUCUUCCUUCUGAUCAGCUGCCAGGGAGGCGGGCUCGAAAGGCCUCCGAGCCGAGUAGCGGCGCUGCUUCCAGCCUGGGGAAGAAGAAGCACGUCUCGGAGGCUGAAGCUAUGAGCCAUUUGGACUGCAGGUUACACCCAAAGCAGCUGGGAACUCCGAGAGGUGUAUCCCGUGCAGUUGGUUGUUCCGGAGCUGGGUCAUCGCCAGCUGACAAAAAGAUGUCGAGCAAAAUCUCCCAAGGGAAGAAAAGGAAUAUAUUUGAGGCCUACAUGUCGAAGGAGAGUGUCUCAGCUGGCUUGAAGAGAGGGACUCUUAUUCAGGGUGUGUUGAGGAUAAAUCCAAAGAAGUACCAUGAGGCUUUCAUUCCUUCCCCGGAUGGGACCAGAGAUAUCUUUAUCGAUGGAGUUGUUGCUCGGAACAGAGCUUUGAAUGGGGAUGUGGUGGCUGUGGAGCUGCUGCCCAAGGAUCGGUGGAAGGUAAUUAAGACAGAUGACAGCGAUAAAGGAGCCGAUGCUGUGCCCGAGUCCGAUGUCUCUGAGGAGCUGCUGGAGACUCUCCCUCCUCAGCUUGGGAGGAGGUGCGCCGGGGACAGCCCUGACAUCAUCCUGGAAGCUCAGCUUAAUGACAGCGAGACUGAGGAUGGGCAAGAGCAUGGACCGUGUGUGCCGACUGAUGGUGCCCGGGAGAAAGGAAAUGAGAAUGCUGACGCACAGAGCGCACCCCAGGGAAACCUCCCCAAGCCCCAAGACCCGAGACUUUGCCCUGACAGCUUGCUGCAAAGAUCUGCCAAGGUGGUUUAUAUCUUGGAGAAAAAGCACUCUCGGGCAGCCACUGGAUUCAUCAAGCUACUGGCCGAUAAGAACAGUGAGCUGUUCAGAAAAUGUGCCUUGUUUUCACCCUCUGAUCACCGAGUCCCUAGGGUUUAUGUGCCCCUUGCUGACUGCCCGCCGGACUUUGUGACUCGGCCUAAUGACUAUGCCCGAACACUCUUUGUCUGCAGGAUUGCGGCCUGGGAGGAGCACAGCCACUUUGCAGUGGGGCAUCUGGCUAAGAGCCUGGGCCAGGCUGGUGAGAUCGAACCUGAAACGGAGGGCAUCUUGAUGGAGUAUGGUGUGGAUUUCUCUGAUUUCUCCCCAGAAGUUCUGGAAUGCCUCCCUCAGUGCCUGCCUUGGACUAUCCCACCUGCAGAGUUCACCAAGAGAAGAGAUUUAAGGAAAGAUUGUGUCUUCACCAUCGACCCUUCCACAGCUCGAGAUCUGGACGAUGCCCUCUCCUGCAAGCCCCUUCCUGAUGGGAACUUUGAAGUGGGAGUUCACAUCGCAGAUGUCAGUUACUUUGUCCCAGAAGGAUCGGCUCUGGAUGAAGUGGCCAGUGAGAGGGCCACAAGUGUCUACCUGGUGCAGAAGGUCAUCCCUAUGCUCCCCAGACUGCUCUGUGAGGAGUUGUGCAGCCUCAACCCCAUGACUGACAAGCUCACCUUCUCUGUCAUCUGGAAGCUGACCCCGGAAGGCAAGAUUCUUGAUGAGUGGUUUGGCCGGACAAUCAUCUGCUCCUGUACAAAACUGAGUUAUGAUCAUGCCCAAAGCAUGAUUGAACACCCCGACAGGAAGUUCUGGGAGGACGAACUGCCCCCUGUGUCGGCAGAGCACUCCAUUGAGCAGAUCCACCAGGCUGUCUUGAAUCUUCACGGGAUCGCCAAACAGCUGCGCCAGCAGCGCUUUGUGGACGGAGCACUUCGUCUGGAUCAGCUAAAACUUGCUUUCACUCUGGACCAGGACACUGGGAUGCCUCAAGGAUGUCACAUCUAUGAAUACAAGGACAGCAACAAGCUCGUGGAGGAAUUCAUGCUGUUGGCCAACAUGGCUGUUGCUCAUCGCAUCUACCGCGCGUUCCCUGAGCGGUCCUUGCUGCGCCGCCACCCGCCACCCCAGAGCAAGCUGCUGAGUGACCUCGAGGAGCUCUGUGACCAGCUGGGGCUGGCCAUCGACUUCAGUUCAGCAGGAGCCCUUCAUAAAAGUCUGACAGAGAUGUUCGGGGACGACAUGUAUUCUUUGGCUUCGAAGGAGGUGCUCACCAACAUGUGCUCAAGGCCUAUGCAGAUGGCCUUGUACUUCUGCACGGGCGUGCUGCAGGACGAAGCUCAGUUUCGACACUAUGCCCUCAAUGUGCCCCUCUACACCCAUUUCACCUCACCCAUCCGCCGCUUUGCUGACAUCCUGGUGCACCGGCUUCUUGCGGCCUCGCUCGGUUCCAGAGAGCCCCUGAACCUGGAUGCAGAUGCCCUCCAGAAACAGGCUGACCACUGCAAUGACCAGCGGAUGGCCUCCAAACGGGUGCAGGAGCUCAGCACCAACCUCUUCUUUGCAGUCAUGGUCAGGAAGAGCGGCCCCUUGGAGUCAGAGGCCAUGGUGAUGGGGGUCCUGAACAAGGCCUUCGACGUGCUGGUGUUACGCUUUGGAGUGCAGAAGCGUGUCUACUGUAACGCCCUGCCACUACAGGAUUACCAAUUUAGGAAGGUAGGGAAGAAACCAGAGCUCACCCUCAUCUGGGAGCCUGAGAACCCCCAGCAGAAGGCGGUACACCAGGUGAUUGCCAUCUUCAGCCUAGUGGAAGUUGUUCUGGAGGCCGAGGACAAUACCCUCAAGUACAGCGCUGUCCUCAAGAGGCCGGAGGCGGGGGCAGCGGCAAAGCGAGCGCCGGAGGAUGGGCCAGAGGAUCGAGACGGAUGAGUGCCCAGCAUGGUGACCCAGCACUGCCUCCCCUCUGCCUGGCCAACUCGACUGAGCUGGACGGACGGGACCUCUCCGAGCCAGAGGGGAUUUUAAGUUUGUUUAAAGUUUAAGUUAAGUUGAACAAUUUGGGAGUUUUGUUGGAGUUUAAUUUUAACGUGAACUGCAGGCAAAGGGAAGGGGGUGGGGAAUGGACUGAGAUAUUGGAAGAGCGGCAGGAGAGGAGGGGGUAAAGUGCCGCCACACCUGCAGGGAAUGCCCCAUGCUCUUGGCCUCCCCUAGGCGAGACCCAUCCAUGGCAGUCAGUUGCCUGGCCCAACCAACUUGGGGCUUUCUUGGUAAAUCCACAUCAUGGAAUAAAUCAAAUGAGAAGGGAUGGUCUGGUAUAUGUGGCAGUAGGAGGGUUCUUGGCUGCUGCCAAGAGAAGGUACACAGGCCGCCCCUGCUUCUGAUCCAUCUGUGGUGCUGGACUCUUCACUGCCUCUGGGCACCAGGGAUGUCUCCAUCACCCAGAUUAUUUAUCUCGCGCCCUGGGUAAUUUAUAGACCCACCCUAGCAGGAGAUUUAUGCCAAGCAUGUCAUUUCUACUAAUUAAAAAAUACAUAAUUGGUACACAGGAUCCCAACCCCCCCCAUAAAUCAGCAGAAUCCCCUCCCCACAGCAAUACACACAAGGUUGGCGGUGGCCAUUCAUAAUGUCCUCAUGACAUUCAGACCAAUGGUGUCCCCUAGGAACAGAACCUUCCAGGGCCUGGGCUUCUUCCUGGCAGCUUUCCUGGCCUUGGCUGUCCCUCUCUCAUCCUAAGCCAGCCCUCAGAGGUAGAGAGAUUAGACAUCCCUGAGAAGCAGGCCCAGGAACCAAAGGGGGACCUUCCCAAGAGGCAGAGCUAGGCCAGAUGUCAUAGCAACCUGAAGGAGGAGGAGGGUCCCCCUGUGGGGUCGGAUGGACGGCCUCGUUGGGAGUGGGCUCUCUUUCCCUACAGGUCUUCAAGCACAGAUGGGACCGGAGCCUUCAUGGAGGAUGUGGUAAAGGGGAUUGUCGCCAGGUUGAGCCCCAAGGCCCAUCCAGCUCUGGAAUUCUGCGGCUCUCUGGCUUGUGACUCUCGUGAUUCUGAAAGAGUGUACCUUAUUUUAAAAGAAAAGAACAGAUGAAGGGGGGAGUGGAGUCACAUUUUAGGUCAAGAUAUAUUCAGGCAUGGUGGCCAGUAUAGGGUAAGGGUCAGCCAUGGGAGAAACCCAAGGGAAGCUGUUGCCUUCUUGUUCCAACCACCUGGAGAGCAGGAAACAGCCAUCCUCUGCCAUGAGGGGUGAUAGUGUCACGAGGUGGGCCUUGGUUAGUCGCGCAGUUCUUGGGACCCUCCCUCUCUGUCAGCAGGAGAGCAGCCGACGAUCCUUAGGUUUGCUUCAGUGAUAAUUGUGUUUUUGAAGAGAUGAAGGAGGCAUGGAGGGAGCUGCUUUUCCAGAUUGGACUGGUAGCCCCCUGAAGGCAUGGAAUGCUUGUCCUUUGUGGUGGCGGACCUGAGCUCCGCGAUCUCAUUUGUGUCCAUCCCCAGGAGGGCCUUCCAACCAAGCUUCCCCUGGUCAGAGAAGGGAAACCGAGGCCUGUUGGAAUAUUCCAGAUGUGCCCAAUUAGGCUGUCUCCUCCACCCAGCUUCCUGCAUUUCAGGGACGCUGGGAAAUGAGGACCCCAGGAAAGAGAGCACAUCCCAACCAUCUCCAUCCUUAGGUCUUAGAUUUCCCGGCCACACUUAGUGUGGAAGAAGACACUGGGGCCCAAGGAAAAUUCCAGUUAUCCAUCAGUCCCUGAGGUACUGACUAACUGCUCUUGCCCUUAUCAGCUUCCAUCAAAGCCAGACUGGUACAUGGGAAACCCCUUUGUGACAAAGCUGUGCUGGAUUCGGCCUGCGUGGAUUAAGUGAGGGACCUUUAGCGGUUUCUGUUCAGGGGCUUUCACAGAUUCCCAGCAGUGACCCAGAGGGUCUACUGAAGAUCUCUGACGAGCCCUCCCACAGAGCCCUCCCACGACCUUGUGAAGCGGCCCAUUCCACUUUGGAAUAGCCCCGUCACCCGGUCUUUCCUGACAUCCCACCUACUUUGUCUCCUUGGCUCCUAACAAGUCUGCUAGCUCUCUGCUCCCAUGUGACAGACUGAGGACUUGAAGCCGGCUGCUGGCCCCCUCAGGUCUUCUCCUGCUAAUCUGCCCGAUUCCAUCAUUGCGUUCUCGUACAGUGUGAUUCCAAGAUUCUUCGCCAUCUUCAUCGCUUGUCUCUGAACACACUCCAGCCUGGACCCGAAUACAAUGCUGGGGGGGGGGUCUGACCAGAGCAGAGUAGAGCAGGAGUCUCAGCCCCCCCCCGCCACAGUCAUGGAAACGGGGCCUCUCUUACCAGCUUGUGAGCCACAGAAUCCACAGAGAGUUUCCACAGACUGAUCUCUAGCCAGACCUCACCCACAUGCUCCUUGUGGACUUUGACUCUUUGAACACAAAUGCAAGACUUUACAUUUCUGUUAGUUAAUUGUCAUUAGAUUUGGCCCAAGUUCUAGAUUGUCAGGACCUUCUUGGAUCCUCACCGUCAUCCAUUGUAUGAGAUCUACUGUCCGUGCCUUUUUCUGAGUCGUUGAUCAGAGCAAUAAAUGGCCCAGGGCCAAACACAAAUCCCUGGGGUGCUUCACCUGGA